GUAGUAAUAAGGUCAAAUUUCGAAGAUUCCUCGUCAAAUCUAGAAGGUACCUAUGUCUUUAAUCUUGACUUAAUUGAGCUGACUGAUUCAACUGCUGAAAAUAUCACAAAGGAUCUUUUGAUAUGCCUAAAUAAAUAUGGCUUUGAUCAAACUUUUCUGGAAGAGCACCUCAUAGCCUUUGCCUGUGAUGGAGCCUCGGUUAUGAUUGGAAAGAAGUCCGGAGUAGCAACGCGGUUGCAAACAAUAUUUCCAAAUUUAUUAGUGUGGCACUGCUCUAAUCACAGAUUAGAGCUUGCUGUCAAUGACUGCGUUAAUGAAGUCAGUGGUAUCAACCAUUUUAAAAUCUUUAUAGAUAAAUUAUAUAGCUUAUACCACCUAUCGCCCAAAAACCAAAAUGAGCUCAAAAAGGCAGCAGCUUCGGUUGAGGCGCAAAUUUUAAGAAUCGGAAGAAUUUUAUCUGUUCGAUGGGUUGCAUCAAGCAAACGUACAAUCAAUGCUGUAUUACAUAACUACCAAGCACUUUGUGAACAUUUUGAGACAGCCUCUAAGGAUUUGACUAGAGAUACAAAAGAAAGGGCCAAAUACAAUGGUUUACUCAACAUUAUGAGUGAUGUACAAUUUAAAAAAAAUCUACAUGUUAUGUCUGACGCUCUUGAUGAAAUGGGAGAUUUGUCAGAAGUAUUGCAGCGUCAAAACAUUACUCUUGUUGAAGCUGAUAAAGCUAUAAGAACUACAAUUCGAAUUUUCGACUCCAUGACUACUCAACCAGGACCCAAACUUGAUAAACUUUUGUGCUCUAUCUCAGAAAAUACAUACAAAGGUAUACAACUUCAUGAGGGUAGAGUUGUACCCAUAAAUACUGCACAGCUGUAUACCAGUUUAGCAAAUAACAUGAGGAAUCGUAUGAUAACAACUUCGUCUUCUCAUGGUUCUCGUUAUGAUGCCAAACGUCAGACAAGUCAGAUUGAAAAUGAAAACACAUACACUAAUUUACUAGCGAGUAUUAGUGUUCUUGAGCCGAAGAAUUGGCCAAAAUCAAAUGAUGGUGAAGUAGAAAUACAAUAUGGUGAUAAAGAAAUUAGACAUCUGUGUACUCAGUUCUAUUUAAAUGAUGUACAAAUAAUUCGUGGCUUUAGGUUCUACAAAAUGAGCGGAGGAAAAGAAGAUAUUCCUGAUGAUUUGAAACCACUUUUAAACGUUAUUGCAUCAAUUCCAAUAUCCACUAGCGAAUGUGAGAGGAAUUUCAGUUCAAUGAAUGAAAUAGUAACACCAUUACGAUCAUCGUUGUCGGUGGAAACAACUACUGCACUGUUAUUCAUAAACUGCGUUGGACCACCACUAACGCAAUUUAACCCUGAAAAAUAUGUGCGAUCGUGGUUAGCAAAAAGUCGACAUUCAGCCGAUGAUGCAGCCAGCCGCAAAAGAGUUUACAAGUUAGACAAAAAAUACGAGCUAUUGUGGAAACUUUUGUAACAAAAUAAAAGUUGCGAGUUUUACUUAUUUUGUUUUUAUUUACCUAAUAAAAAAUUUCGGAAGCGUUCCGGUUCGUGAAAAAGUCCAUUUCGAGCACUGCUUACCAGACAGUAUGAAAAUCUCUAAAAACGAUAAAAUGUCGCUUAGUCAAGUGAUGUAUAACGCGGUCCAUUUAUUAUAAUAUGAUAAAACACAUAGAUAAUGUUAUUUAAAUUUAUUUUUAAGUAUGGAAUUCAACCUUAACUUUGACAACCUGGUGCCUAAUAAGCGAUUCCUUUCCUGAUUAAUUGUUGCGCCAACUUCUGUGAAUAAUCGUUCGUUAGACACUGAAGUUGCUAACAGUAGCAAAUAUUUCAUUGCUCUUUUAUACAAAAAUGGUCGAUUAUUUUAUCAAAUAUCGAAUAAAAUAUCGUUCAUGAUGAACGAUGUAUCGAUGUUUUAUGGACUUCAACA